CGAUAAGGUAUAUAUAACUAAAAGCUUCACCUCUACAAAGACAAACCUUUUCUACAAGAACGGUUACUAUUAUUUUUACAAAGUGUUUCAGUCUCUCAAACGUUUAGCAAUGUCUUUUCAAGUUACUCCUAUUUGGAUGUGGAAGGGGUCUGGCAAUAAUUAUGCUUACCUUUUAACCUGUGAGAAAACACGCGUGAGUGCUAUUGUUGAUCCUGCUGAACCAUCCGCUGUACUUCCUAUUUUGAAAAAAAAAGUCUCUUCGAAAGAGAUAGACCUUCAAUACGUUUUAACCACGCAUCAUCAUUAUGACCAUGCAGGCGGCAACGGUGCUAUUUUAACAGCUUUUCCCUCUCUCCAAGUCUUUGGCGGCAAAAUGGCACAAGCGGUAACCCACACCCCCAAAGACAGGGAAACAUUCAAGGUUGGUGAAGUCGAGGUGCAAGCUCUUCAUACUCCCUGUCACACCCAAGAUAGCAUUUGCUAUUACGUAUCGUCUCCUUCCAAGCGUGCUGUUUUUACAGGAGACACUUUGUUUACCGCUGGUUGCGGUCGCUUUUUUGAAGGUGAUGCUCGUGAAAUGCAUCAUGCAUUAAACACUGUUUUGGCUUCACUUCCUAAUGACACUAUCACGUAUCCUGGUCAUGAAUACACCAAGUCUAAUGCAAAGUUUGCUUCCUCUGUACUCUCUAACCCCGAACUCACGAAACUCGUUGAUUUCUGUUCCAAGAACGAAUCCACUACUGGUAAGUUUACCAUCGGUGACGAAAAGCAAUUUAACCCUUUCAUGCACUUGGAUGCUCCUGACGUUCAAAAAGCUGUCAAAUCCAAUGAUCCUAUCUCCAUUAUGAAGACUUUGAGAUCUAUGAAAAACAAUUCUUAAACUGCUCCUUUGUAUAUAACUUAGUGAAUCAGUUGUUUUUCAAUGUAAAGUUUUUUUCUAUUCUUUUUCUCGUUUUAUCUCUAGCUAUUAUACGUCGUCGUACAUAUAUGUAUUUCAGUGUUAAUUUUUUUUUUGCCUUUUUCAUUAAGCAAAAAGACUGUCUUGAAAUACGAUCCUUAUUUACUAAUGCAGCUUUCCGCACUUUGUUAAAGGACCUUGGAAGUCCUAAAAACGGUCAAUGUAGUGUAGAGUAC